AUGGAGUCAUUUCCGCCGCAUCGGCUUCCUCCACUGCCCGGGAAUCCCUCCUCUGCUCCGCCGCCACCGCUUCUACAUCAGCAGGCUGGGUCUGCUCCGGCGCCGGCAACGCUCCUGGUGCGGCACCUCCCAGAGGCCAUCACACAGGAGAUGCUCUUCGGACUCUUCUCCCACUAUGGCGCCACAUCCGUUCGCCUCUGCGGUGGAAAGCUGCGGAACUGUGCAUUUGUGGAUUUUAGGGACGAGAUGGCGGCCAAUCAGGCGCAGUCUGUGUUGAACAGGGCUGGUUUUGGCAGGUUUAGGAUCCUUGGGAAAGUACUGAUAGUUGAGAGAGCAAACCAGCCAAAUGCCAAGAAUGUGAACGAGAAGCAUCAGGAGGAAUUAGCUCAUGGGAUGCCUCAAGUGCCAAGUACGAAUUCCCAGAAUCAAGAGAAUCCUACAUCAACUGCCGAACCGAUCGCUUCUAGGCUUGGUGUGGACUAUUCAUUUCCUCCUCAUCUUGAGUAUGCAUAUCCACCACCAGAUGGAAACAUAUUGACAAAUAUUGUCAACUCUCUCAUUGCCGUUCCGCGAUUUUACACUCAGGUGUUGCAUUUGAUGAACAAGAUGAACCUUCCAGCUCCAUUUCGGACGGGAUUGCCUACUCCACCUCUACCAUCACAAGUGCCUGCUCCUCCUCCCCCUCCACCACCGCAGCCUUCUAUGGCAGAGAAACUUCAUUUGGCUGAUUUGUCUAGUGAUGAGUCUGAGAUGGAGUCUUCUGAUGAAGAUGUUGAUACAAGGAAAGUCAAGCGCGCAAAGCAUGAAGCUAUUGUUGGUCCUGCAGUUGAUAGAAGUGUCGCCCAUGAAUCGGUCGGGGUGAAACCAGCUGCAUUAGUUCCCAAUGAGCUUCAAGUAAUAAAAAAGAAAAAUCCAAUACUGCAGAUUAAACUUGUCCCUAAGGCUGCUUAUAAGGAACUUGCUGAUCGGAGUACUAUCGACAAGGGAUUGGCCUCUAGAGAUGAACAACUUGAAGAGAAACAUUUUGCCACGCCUCCGGAAAUAGAGAAAGAGAAAUUACCGACAGAGGAGAUUUUGUCCCUUCCCAUGUUCAAGAAUUACACGCCAGGGAAUCCUGCCAGUGUAUUAUAUAUUAAGAACUUGGCAAAAGAUGUUGUUCAUGAUGACUUCUACUAUGUCUUUGGAUCUGUGUUUGAAAGCUUGGAUGCUGCAAGGUCUGGUUUAAGUAUCAAGUUAAUGCAGGAAGGUCGAAUGCGGGGCCAAGCUUUUGUGACAUUUCCAUCUGUCGAACUUGCUCAACGUGCACUGAAUUUAGCGCAUGGUUAUGCGUUCAAGGGCAAGCCGAUGAUCAUUCAGUUUGAUUCUGAAUUCGGGGUAAUGUACUUCCUCUGUCCGGAAUUACUUAUGUCGCACCUGAGUGGUAGUAGCUGUGGCUGCAAAGGUCUGCAUGUUGUGCUGACCGCCUUGCGCCCACGUCCAUUUGAGGUGGAGGAUACUCAAGAUAGCAAUGAUGUAUAUGACGAAGAUGUCACUACGGUGGUCAAGUGUACGAUGUCCGACAAUACUCAAAUAACUAAUCUCAAUAGGAUCAAGGGUAUCACCAAAGGUAGAAUGACUCACAAAGUUAAUGACAAGGAAGGCAAGUGUUUGACAUAA